AUGGCGGCGAACCACUUGAAGAAAGAAUCUGUCGUGAUUCUUCGGUUGGAAGGAGAAGAUCUGCUUAAGUUCUUGAACAGCCCUGAUUUCGAAACAGUGACUAUCCCUCCUCUUUGGGAGAUUGAUGGGUGUUUUUUACAUUGUGUCAUGAAUGCUCUAAUGAACCUGACCGUGGAUCAUGGAAUGCCUCCCGUUUCUGAUACUUGGGUAAAGAGAAAUAUUUUAAUUCCGUCUCUUGAUUUGGGCUAUGUUCACAUCCACGAUGAAGAUUUAAUCACACGUGAAACUAUCUUGGAAGAAUUAAAGAAGGCGGUAAGAAGAAUUGCCCAAUAUUUGAAAGAGAACCCUGUGAUUCUUGCCCGUAAUGAGUGCAUCUAUGAUGGAAGUGAGAUCAAGAAACUGCUGUCAAACAAACUUGAGUUAAAUAAGAUCAUCGAUGAUAUGAUGCAAAACUUGGAAAUGGAUGAUACUCUGGAUAGUUUUGCACGUACCUUUAUUAGUGUAUCGAUGGGGUUCUCUCAAUUCGGCAAAGAGAAAACGGAUAAUUUGAUAGUAGAUAUGAUGAAGAAUUUGGAUGAUGUUGAUGAU